UAAGUUCUAUAUCCACAGUUAGAGUGUUAUAGUAUUUCUUGUUGCACCUUUUUCAUUGUGCAACAAAAACUACUAUAACAAAUACUUUAACAUUGUUUCAGGAAAAACAAAGCAUUUUUGUAUUUUCUAUUUUGUUGUUCAAAUGACAAACAGAACUCAAACAUUGUGCAGGUCAAGAAAAUAAUCACCCAAAAUUAAAAUUUGAUUACAAACUCCAGCACUGUAACAGGUUUGUCUGAUUUGAAGUUACUGACGCCUCCAUGAAUUAGGUGUGGCUCACAAAGGUGAAAGAGAGAAGAACUUCCUGUGUCUUACACAGGACUUAGUAAUCCACAGUCACAAGAUUCCACCUUUCCUGUUGUACUUGAAGUGUCUUCCAGCGUUACAGGAAAAAUGAAUGAUCUGAGGAUUGUGCUACUGGGGAAAACUGGUGAUGGCAAAAGCAGCACCGGAAACACAAUAUUAGGUGAAGAAAGUUUUCAUGUGGAAAAUUCACCAGACUCAGUCACUCAAAUAUGUGAGUCUAGAACAACAUCCAUCAACGGGAGGAAGAUAACAGUGGUUGAUGGUCCAGGAUUUUUUGACACUAUUCUUCCUGAGGAUGUGUUAAAAGGUGAAAUAGUGCGCUGUAUCACUGAGUGUGCUCCAGGACCUCACGCCUUUUUGAUAGUGCUCAAGGAUGGAAGAUACACAGAGCAGGAGAAAGAAGUUGUGAAAAAAAUUACAGAUUCAUUUGGAGAAGAAGCUCUGAGAUAUGCUGUGGUUCUCUUUACUCACGGUAAUGAUCUCGCUGAAAACCAGACCAUCCAGGACUUUGUGAGAAACAACGCAGAGCUGCGGAAACUGGUGGAUAAGUGUGGAGGUCGUGUUCAUGUGAUUGAUAAUAUACACUGGAAGCAGCAGCAGGACGGCUACAGGAGUAACAGAGUGCAGGUGGAGGAUCUACUGAACACCAUAGAGGAGAUGGUGAAGGAGAAUGGAGAACAGUGCUAUACCAAUGAGAUGCUGCAGAUGGUGCAAAGAGCGAUAGAAGAAGAGAGAGUUAGAAGUGAGCGAAGUGAAACAGACAGGACACCAAGGCAGAGUGUAUUUAAAAAACUGUUGAAACUAGUUGGGUUGGGAACUGGAAUAUUAGUGGGCGCUUUUCUUGGUGCUACAUCUUCAGUGUUUAUUGUGAUGUCAUUCUUACAAGAAAGGAGAAUUCUAAGUGUUGAAAAGCCAGUGAUAGGUAAAGUAGCUCAAGCAAAUAGUAAACUGGCUCCAUUGACAGGGGCAGCAGGAGUAGCUAAGUGUCUGAAAAAACAAUCAGCAUUUAAUGCAGCAGUACUUUUUGUUGCUGCACCUGCUGUAGUCGGUGGAGUAGCAGGAGGAAUUAUAGGCUAUAAUGCAGCAGAGGGAGCAGAGACGGUGACAGAAGCAAUGAAGCUGGCGGCUAGCGCAACCUUUGAUAGGGCAAAAGAUGUGGAAGAACAAAUCUUUUUUGACUUUAAAUAAACAUUUGCAGAAUUAUAUGAAGAUGGCUACUUUGCCUAUUUCCAACACCUUUUUAAAAAAUAUAACUUUUCCCAAAGUGCAUAUUUUAAAUAUCUGCAAGCUCUUAACUAGGAAAGCUUUCUUUGCUUUACCCUAAAGACAAGCUUCUCAAACUUACUUCAGAUUUUAAAGGCAUAUUCUUAUCUUUAUACUAAAAACUGCUGGAGUUUAGUGCUCCAACGGACUCCACUCUAAGGGAUCCAUGGGCUGAAUAUAUCCUGUUAGAGUUUUCAGAUUCGCUAUAGAAGUGUAUUUGAAUCUGGGGACAGUCUUUCUCUACUUGUGCUGAUGACAGUCCAAUCCAACGUAAACUUCUAAACUGUAUGUACUGGUUUAAGAGUAGGCUACCCAAGAUUUCACUAAAUAUAAGUUUUUUACAUAGAUAGAUAUACUUUGAGAGAUGUUAAUUUGUAUCAUUUGUGUUGGCCCUACCCCUCUUUAAACUCUGCUUUAUCACAGUCACAGAAUCAUCCAUUAUAUGUUGACUCUGUACAGCUAGAUCCUUUAGACUGAUUUUUAAACUAUUACUGGACCAUGAUCUUCUAUGGACUGAAAUUCUUGGGUUUUGGUUGUGUUAAAUUUUCUUGAUUUGCUGUAUGAGAUGAUAUAUGAUAUAUGCCCCAUUGUAAAAAUAUAUAUAGAUUUUCUAAUUGCGCUCAGAGUAGGAAGACACACAGACAACGAUGAGAAAACUGUGAAAAAAAGUUACAGCUUAGUUUUGAGGACGCUCUGAGAUAUGAUCUCUCUGAAAACCAGAACAUCCCAGGAAUUUGUGGAAAAGAGUGCAGAGCUGCAGGAACUGGUGGAUAAGUGUGGAGGUCGUGUUCAUGCGAUUGAUAAUAAAGACUGGAAGCAGCAGCAGAGUGCAGGUGGAGGAUCUACUGAACACCAUAGAGGAGAUGGUAAAGAAGAGUGGAGAAAGAUGCUAUACCAAUGAGAUGCUGCAGAUGGUGCAAAGAGCUAUAGAAGAAGAGUUCUGGAACACCAGAAUGAAAUGAUGUGCCAUUGUAUAGGAAGUGUUGCAUGCUUUUAUUUUACCUGAAGGAGUUUUUAUCUGUAUUUUAAACAAGUUUUUUCCUAGCGAACAUUUUUAACUCUGCAUCUUGGUUUGAUAAACAAAAGUUUAUGUUUAGCCUAAAAAACAUUAAUAACUAACAUGAAAAUGAAAUGAUUUAGUCAUAGUGUAAUGAGUUUAAUCUGUGGCCCCUCCACCUUAGUUUAUUGUCAGUCCAACUAAACAGUAAAUUUAGGAGAACUAAUGGAAGUUUGUCAUUUUUAUCUAAAUGAUUAAAUUUUUGUAGAUUUUUUUGGUUUUUAUAAAAGAGAAAUGGCUGUAAUAUUUAAAUUUCAUUACUAAUACAUACAUUCAUACAUACAUUGUGCGUUUGGUGAUUGUCUCAUUACCAGUGAUUUAAAAUUGUAAUUACACAUUUUUUUAAAUUUAAUUCUGUAACUUAUUUCUGUCUGUAAUCUAACUUUAAUGAAGCUUUGUGUCUUUGAGUCUUUUUUAUUUGGUAAAAUGCCUGCAUUCUUUUUUAAUAGUAGUUUUAUUAAUGAACUGAAUAAAAGAAUGUCUGCCAA